GUAAGUUCUCGACAACAAUUGGGGCGCGUUGACAUGCGCUGUUUAGUUCAAUACUGCCAAUGGCACUUGUGAAAAGUUGAAAGUAUUUUUGUUGGUGUUUUCCAAUACAAUUGGAUUUAAGUAAAUAUUAGUAUAUUGCUCAGAGAGUACCUUUAGGUUGUGAUGGCCUCAUAUGCAAUGAAUUUUCGCUAUUAUGGAGUUAAAUGAGAAGAAAAAGAGUGAACAUAUUUCGCAACAACUCUAGUUGAUCGGAUAACGCGGUAUUUCUAGUUAUUUUACACGUGUGAUUUCCAGUAGAGAUGCCGGCAUCCACCUUGGAUCCUGUUAAUGCGGCCCUUCGCACCGCAUUAUCUAAAAAUGAAUCUGCCGAAAAUAAUCUGGACCAACAAUUAGCGGGAUCCACGAAAAAAGCAUUGCUCUCCAAUAUUGAGUUUGAGUCUGCUGGUAGCUACCAAAAUACUGUUCUAGAUAGGCUUAAAUCGAAAUACAUUGUUUUAAGGAGUCCCGAAACACCACCUCCAAGUAAACCUGAAGAUGAUAUGAAUUCUGAUGAAACUUUAAAACUAGCAAAGUAUGAAUUAUUUCCAUUAAAUGCAGUGCAGCUUGGUUGGAAUAACUGCGACUGGUCCGUUGGUGCUGGUAUGUUUAAUAUGGGAAACACUUGUUAUUUAAAUUCUACACUUCAAGCUCUCUUUCAUGUACCAGCUUUAGUGAAUUGGUUGAUGUCUGACAAGGAACAUACUACAAUUUGUCAAGAAUCAGGUGGUAUGUGUAUAAUUUGUGCAAUGCGUAAGACUCUUCAAGAUUCCCAGCAGCGUAAUGCAAACUCAAUCCGUCCACUGUUAAUAUAUAACAAGCUGAGGUUGGUCUGUCGAAAUCUAAUACCAGGUAGACAAGAAGAUGCCCACGAAUUUUUACGAUACCUAGUUGAAGCUAUGGAAAAAGCAUAUUUGAGUCGUUUCAAAAAUAAUUCUGAUUUUGACUCAAAAGUGAAGGAAACUACACCUCUUAAUCAGAUUCUUGGAGGAUAUUUAAGAUCGGCAGUAAGAUGUUUGAAAUGUGGACAUGUCAGUACGACAUUUCAACAUUUUCAAGAUUUAUUAUUAGAUAUAAGAAAAGCUCAGACCCUAGAUGAAGCUUUGGAAUUGUAUUUUUCAAGAGAGAAGCUUGAUGAUGAAUCAUAUCAGUGUGAAUCUUGUCAGAAAAAGGUUCCAGCAACAAAGCAAUUUUCUAUUGAGAGGACACCUAUGGUGCUUUGUAUCCAACUAAAGAGAUUUUCUGUUAGUAAUAAUAAAAUAACUAAACAUUUGAACUUUAGACAAAGAUUGGAUCUGACUAAAUACGCGAGGCAUCGCCCUAACGUGCCUCUUAUAUACAGAUUAGUCGCAUUGGUAACUCAUAUGGGUCCUACUGUGAGUUGUGGACACUACACAGCAGUAGCCCAAGCACCCAAUGGCAAUUUCUUUCAGUUUGAUGAUAGUAUGGUAAGACCAAUUUCCCACCAAGCAGUGUUCAAUACAAAUGCAUACAUAAUGCUCUAUGAGCUUGAGUCAUCACCCUAUUCUCAAAAAUCAACGACCUCUACAAUUCUUGUUAGUAAAAUGAAAACACCUUCCUUAUCAACAGAAACCAAUCCAGUGGCCUGUUCAUCGAAUUCUAGCUCGGCAAGUUCAUCAAGUGCCUUGAAAUCUUUUGCCAAUGGUAUUGGAUUCACAAGUGAUAAGGUUUAUGGUCCUGAACUACCUCCAGAUAGAGUAGAAAGCAGUCGAAAUGGUUAUGUGACUAGUAGUAAUGGCAAAGGUGAAUCUGACAGUAGUCAUUCAAGCAGUUCUUCGAGUGAACAGGAUUCUGAUGGUGAUCAAGCUGUGAAAAAACCAUCAGUAAGUGAUAAUAGUCAUAGUGUUAGUAAAAGUGAUGUAGCUAAAGACAAAGAUAGUGAUAUUAGUUCAACUUGUGAACAAUCUAAAUCUCCAGUUUCCCUGAAGAAAACCUCAUCACCAUCAUCAUCUCCUAAUGUGUCAACCAGUAUAUCCAGUUUAUCCAGCCCAGAAAUUACCCCUAACAAAGAUCCUACAUUAAGUCCAGUUUCCAGUUCUAAACAGAAGAAUAAGGAAAACUCUCCUUUAAAGUUAUCACCAAUUGCCAAACCUUUGGUACCCUAUGAAUCUGAUGAUACAUGUUCUUCUGAGGAUUCUAAUCAAUCACCAAAUGAAAUGGCCUCAAGAGUUUCUACAAAGGCAGCAAUUGGUGAUUGGCAAGUGACUUCUUCAACGGAUGUUAAGCAGGAACUAUCUAAAGGGACUAGUUGGAAGAACAAGAAAGAAGAAGGACAGGGAAAUAAGGUUGUGAGUGAGCUUUUCAGAAUGUCCCAUAGUGGCUAUUCAGCCCCAGUAUCAACAUGGAAUGGUUCUCGAUCUGAACUUGAUAAAGAAGUUCAAAAUGAAAGACGGGAGGAUAGAAAGAGAAAUCUACCUGAUAGUUCUGAUCAGGGACGUACUAAACACAUCAAACUUGGAUCAAAUUUUAAAUUGAAUCCUGGAUACAAUCCUAUUCAGGAAUACCAUAACGCAAAAAAUUGGAACCAUAGUAAUGGCAGUGGAGGUAACUACAAGCCUUUUUACAACGGAAAUAGGCAUAGGCGUACGUUCCAUCAUAAAAACUUCCAUAAAAAUUAUCGAUACAGACAGUAAUAGAUGAUACCACUGCCUUGUGAAAAUUUAGACUAGUGUACAUUCUGUAUAUUUUACGUUUCUGUGUUUAUUUUAAUGUGAGGACUUGUGUAAAAAAUGUUGCAUAAAUGCGUUUUAAAUUGAAUGAUACUUGAAUUUGAAAAUUAUUAUAGUAUAGAUAUGUUUACAUUACUGGAAAUUUCUAAAUAUACAAUAAUUGAAGUUUUUGAAAUCAUUAUAGGUAUGUGGAAACUGUACAUCGUAUUUUGUAAGAUAGUAGACUAGAGAAUUUGUGUGGAAUAUUCUUAAAGAAACAUCUAAUGAAAAUAUAACCAGUAAUGUUGUAUUCAAAUUAAUUCUGUUUAUGUGUUGUAACUUCAAAAUACUACGAAUAUUCUAUAGUAAUUUCCGCUCUCUUUCUUACUUGGUAUACUUUCCUUAUACUUUAUUGUUUAGUUUCUCCAUAAAUUUCUUGAUUUUUCAAUUAAUUAGUCAUUCAAAAAACGUGUUUUACCUUUUUUAUAGCACUCCAAUGUGGAAGCUACUUAUCAAUAAUAAUCUGAAAAAGUUUCUGAAAAUCUUUCAACUUUAAGCAUAAUUUGAAUUAUAUAUGAGAAUUCAGAGGUACGAAUGGUAGAUUACAUAUGGCAGUUAACUAUUUUUUAUAUUCUUGUCAUAAAUAUUACUCUUUUGAUAGAGUAGUACAGUAUCUUUUAUUAAUGCUGUAGUUUUUAAAAUUAUCAUCAAUUUUAAUAUUUGCGCUAUUUUAAGCUCAUUCUAAUUUUACACAAAUUUAGAUAAUAUUCCUUUCAAUUUUUAGUAAAUUUUAUUUAUAUAGAUUGAAGUUUUUCUUUUGAAUACAUUAAAGUAGUGAAAUGAAUGAUUGAAAUGUAUCACAAAUACAUAUAACUUCGUCAACAAGACUGAUUUCCACAAAAUAAUAAUUUCUAAACUUGAAAUAACAACAUUUGUUAAUUAUUCAAUAUGUCGCCCAUGGCAGGAUAAAAUUUCUUUGUUUAAAUAACAAAUUUGUUGAUAUUUGAACAAAGAAAUUCCUAAAUACACUCUCGAAAUGGGGAUAUAUACAAAUAUAAUAUAGGAUCCAGAAAUACAGGAAUUAAUUUUUAUAAUCAAAAAUGUUUAUACAGUUUUUUCUUUAAUUAAAUGUUGAAUCUAAAAAAUAUCUUAUAAUCACCUUCACAAUAUUAGAUUUGUAAUUUUGUAUCUUCUUAUUCAGUUUUAUAUAAAUUUUUUUUUGACGUACUUUUGGCUUUAGAAAUUAACUAUUCUGUAUAUUAGUAUUACAAAUAUUCAAACUAAACACUUUGCAGUUAUAAAUACUUUAUGCUGCCCAACCUAAAGCUAGUUGUAUAGUCUAUAACAAAAACGGGUACGUUAACCCUUUGAAUACUGAGUAAUUUGAAGACUUUUAUGUACAUAUAACAGAUUUAAUUGGUUGAUAUAUGGAUUAAUAUGUAAUAGUAAUAUAUUUUAUUUGGAAUAUACUUAUAUUGGUGAUAUAAAUAUAUUUUUGAAACAACAUUUCAAUUACAAAAUGUAAACAAAUGUAUAAAUUAAACAAAAUAGAAAUAUUUAUAAAUAACAGGUACCAACUCAAAGUCUUGUAUAAUUUUAUACAUGGGUAUAAAUGCGAAGGGUACUGGCACUGUUUGCAUUGCCAAGUGGGUUUUAUGUUUAUAAUAUAUGCGACACUGAUUUGUUGUGUGUGUCUUAAAUCUGUUGCCAGGAUAUUCUCCGGAAAAUAUAACCAAUUUUUCGCUUGCAAACGAUGUGACGCAUUCCGUUCUCGACUCAUUGAUUCAUUCAUAUGGAAUAUUGCAUGAGAACUGUGACUUCAUCUUACAUCCUGGAUUAUAAUAAAUGUUGUUUUUAUGCUCGUUAUUAUAUAUUUAAAGAAAAAAGAUGCACUUCAUCAAAAGUCGUCUUUAAAAGGGCCAUUCGUCCAGAAAAGGUUACAUUUACUAACGUGACGUCAUCCCAAAAUGACUUAUAGAUAACAUAUAUCGAAAUGACGAUGUUAUUUUGUCGUUACACACCUUAUGGUAGGUCUAAGGUAUAUAUAUUUUUUUAUACAAAAAUUAUAUGAAAAAGAACCAAAAUGACAUAUUUUAUUUGGAUUUAUUAUGAUUUAUUGCUGAUAUUCUGUUUUUUUGUUGUGGGGUCCACAUUUUUUGUGUUAUUGUUGAUUUUUUGUCUCCUGGGCGUUGGUUUCUAAAAGUGUCUCAAAAGAAAGUUUACCUUUGUAUUGUGUGAAGACAGCUAUUCGGACGGGCGCGGGAGGAGUGUCAAUCGGUAGUCCCUGAUCUAUUAGUAAUACUUGGUGUAAGUAAAUGUAACUUGAAUCCGAGUCGAAAGUUAAUUUUUCAAAAUCAAAACUUUAUUAAAAUUAAUAUUUUUUCGGUUCAAUUUUCUACUAUUUAUAUAUCUAUAUUUUCAACGUAGAUAAUAUUUGGGUAGAUAUUAUUAGAUAUAGCAGAGGCUAGACUCUUUCCACCUUUCUUUCAGCUUCAUAAAAUUUCUGAUCCUUAUUAGCAAAAAAUUGAACCAGGUGCGAUUGAAGGUCGUCGUCAUUUGUGAAUGUUUGACCAUUCAAAGAGUUCUGCAAAUUUCGAAAUAAAUGAUAAUCAGAUGGUACCAGAUCAGGGUUGAAUGCUCCAAUAGUUUCUCAUUAGUUGCCAUUAACAUGGAACACUGAACCUAUCCGAUUUGACAAUUCUGGCCGUUUUUCUUUUAAAACAUAAAGCAAGGCUCUGUACCAGUAAAACGCGAAAGUACCUAGUUUUAGGGUCUCUAGGUUUUUCAAAUAAAAUUCCAAAUAAAAAUCAUGUUGGGGUAAUAGUGAUGCUUAAUGUAAUAAUACAUCCUCAGCAAUAAUUAAAUUGUUAGUAGAUGGAAAAUAUAAAUUUAUAGAAAUAAAUUGUUAUAUUCAUAUAUGUUCAUUCAUCUUGGAAGUGGAUAAGUUAGUUCUAUUAGUAAUUUAUUAAUAAUUCAAAUGAAAAAUAUUAAUAAAUGUUGUUAUUUUGACAUAUAAUUUUAUGAUACAUUCCAAUUACAUUUUUGUAUUUUGUUGAAUAAACUGUUUAAAACGCACAUAUGUAAAUUAACUAAAGAAAUUGAGAUAAGCGCUUCUCAGAUUGACUAUCUCAAUUAUUUGUUUAUAUAAAAGUUAGUUAAUGUAUUUUAUUUAUAAUAGUGGGUAUUGAACUAAACAAGCAUUAUUUUAAUGGAUUUAAUAAUUAAGGAAGAAGAAAAUAAUGCUAAUAUUUUAGUUCAACUAGACAAUGGAAAAUUUUUAAAUCGAUUGAGACUCGACUAGUUUUGAUCAUAAAAGAAUGGAUGACGAUAUAUAUUUCAAACAUUUAAGAGUUUGGAAACUAUAAUCUGACAGAUCAAAUUGAAAAAUACAUUCUAGAGCAUCCAAUCUAAAGAAAUUAAAGAUGAAACGAAAAAUAAUGAAAGAAGUCCAGUAAAAUCAGAAUCAUUGAAUAAUCUAACAAAUUGGAAAUCCCAAAAAACUGAAGCAAGAACUCUUCCAGCAGAUUUUUGGACACGAAACUUCUUAGGUCUUGGAGAACCAGUGUGUCGCCAUUCCAUCGAUUGUUGCUUUGUUUCUGGAUCGUAGAAAUGUACCCAAGUCUCAUCCAUAGUUACAAUUCGGUUUAAGAAGUCUACAUCGUUUUCAAAUCGAGCACAGAUCGAACGCGAUGCUUCUACCCUUGCACGCUUUUGGUCAACAUUCAAACAUUUGGGGAUCCAUUUUGCAGCAAUUUUUCUCAUGUCCAAAUUGACGUGAAUUAUAUGAUGAACGCGUUCGUAUGAAAUAUUCAGUGCUUUAGAUAUCCGUUUUAGCCCAAUUCGACGGUCUGAUAAAAUCAUGUCAUGGCAUCGAUAUUUUCGGGGACUGACACAGAAACUGGCCGACCGAUUGGUCAUCAUCUUCAAUGGAAAAUUUACCUCUUUUGAAGCUUGCAGUCCAAAUUUUUGCGGCCGUAUACGAAGGACAUUGAUCACCAAGGGUAUUAAGUAUAUCUUCGUAAAUCUGCUUACCUCUUAACCCUUUUAAAUACAGGUACUUGAUGGUGGCUCGAUACUCCAAUUUUUCAAUUUUCACAAUAUCGGUGGACAUCUUUUAUCUUUCAUUUUAUUGCGUAACUCUGGUUUACCUUUUUGACGUCAAACUUUACACUGACACUGACACAAGUUAUUGUUCGUUGCUAUGGUAACGCAAUAUUUUGUUUAUGCAUGGAACUGGUCUAGGCUAAUAAGAUAUCAAUACAUCCUCGUAAAAAUGUUCGAAAUAAAAGCAAGAGAAGUACGUAGGGGUUCCAAAAAAUAUCAAAUUUUAACAAAAUGGCGAAAGUUCGAAAAAAUAAUUUAUUUAUAAAAAGUUUUCAAUGUAUUAAUAAAAUCGUAUGUGUAGUUCCCUAGAAAAUAAUGUAAUGAACGUUUGUCAAAGUUUUAAAUCAAUCGGAUCAAAAUUGGCCGAACAAUUGUGACGAAGUUAAAGUUAAAGAAAGUGACUCGCACAAAGAAAGUUCAUAAUCUCACUAGUGCCACCCAUAGGUAGCCGUGUGCACUAUUUACUAGUAGAAAUAGUCGCUAAUGCUGGGGCCACAUUAGCGGCUAACGUCAAUGCACAUUAACGCGCUGAGUGGCUACACUUUAACAAUCAAAGUGAAUGCCCAUUAUUGGUAAUGAAAACAGUGUUAAUUUUACUUUAAUUCAAGCAAUAUGGAUGUCGACAGAGCUCUGUAAAUCAUGUAAAUUUUUAUUAUCCGAAUUUAUUGAAUCAUUACCGAAUGAAGAACAAGAGGAAACAAAGAAUAAGAAGAUGGUGGAUGAUACAAUCAAUCACAUCCUCCUCGUAGGAAACUGUCCAUCGUUUCGAAUACGUACCAAUUAAUUGUGUAUACGUCAUCUUCGCUCCAGACUUCAAAGACUUUUUAAUUCUGUUUAAAUGGGUUCUAUAAUAACCAUUAAGGUUUCCUUCUUCUUUUUCAUUUCUUCGAUGGUUUUUUUAAAAUUUAAUAAUUCCAUUAUUCGUCACAAAGCAUCAUUUUGCGUUCAACGAUUCUUGAAAUUUUUGAGUUUCGGAUCCCACAAACAUAGUUCUGUUUGCAGAAUCUCGAGAAACGCAAUUGCUUUCUCGCUACUCAACUCCAUAGCCAUAGUACGUAUUUCAAAGACAAUCACCUGCGAUCCCGUCGCGCUCACGACGCACACUGACAAUACGUAGUAUGGCAGGGCGCAAUGUUAAUGCAGUUGUUAAAUUAUCUCGUUAACUCGUAGCUCCACCUACGGUUAACGUCCAUUAUCGCGAUAAUUAAUGGUAUUUCUCGUUAGUGUGACCCCAAAAUAAGGGAUAUCUGAGGCGGGUAAACAUGUCGGAACGACCGCGCAGUGGAAUACUCUGAUGCUCAUAACUCAGAGAAAUUUUUUUCGUAAAUUCAUUUUUAACGUAAUUCCUACCAUUUUAGCUAAAGAUAUAGAUUUGUUGAAAUUUUUACAGUAGUGUUACCCAUUAAUUAAGAAGUUCACUUUAUCUAAGUUUUCUUUAAUUUGCAUUAUUAUCUACUCGAUGUUUUAUAGAAAUUUAACGAUUAUAGUCACAGAUGUCUGUUUUGGAUUAAAACUAAAUCAAAAAUCAAAUUUUGAUAGCGAUUAUAAGAUAUUAGAAUAAUUUAUUUAAUGUCAACACCUACUCUACCCAUAUGAAUUUGAAGGAUUAUUGGAAGGGUCAAUUUUUCCAAUCUAAAUCACUUGUUAGUGUAGAAAAGUCUGAAGGGACAAUUUAUAAAAUAAUUUCGGUAAUUAUCUAGAUUAGGUUACACCUCUCCGAUUUCGUUGAAAUUUCAGCAUGUUAUAGAGAUAAUUACGCUAAGUCAGAAUAUAUAUAUAUGACAAAAAAAACAAUAUAUUGAGGUUAUAGCAAAUUUUGGAAAAUGAAAACUAUUAAAUUAUAAUCCAAGCUUUCUGGAAGUGUUCCUCCCAUCUUCAGAGAAACUACAGUAUAAGUGAAAAAGUAAGUCGUAAAAUCAAACUUUUUUUUGUACUAUUAACAGCAAUCAGAAAUACAUUUUGUAUGAGCUAUUCUGUUGACUAUGAACCUAUGUUGGUCCUGACGGGACUUUUCCAGUAAGAAGGUCUCUUGCACUUUAUUUGAGAUCAAUUGGCCAGCUUCGUUUCAGUUAGCUUUAGUGGCUGAAGUUGUAGAUUAUGAUGACUGUCCAGCUUUAGGUAGUGGUUAGGGCUUCUUUCUUAUACUGUCUCUUGUAUUAUUGGAAUACCGAGGUAUUGAUGGAUCAAUUUGUUUGUGACGUACCAUGGUGCAUUGACUAGUGAUCGAAGGAUUUUAGAUUGUUCUCGUUCUAUGAGAGCAAUACCAGAUUUGCUGGCACAUUCCCAUAAUUCUAUUCCGUCGGUCCAGAUGGGUAUGAUGACUGCCUUAUAUAAUAAGAUUUUAUUUUGUAGUGAGGCUGGCGAUAUUCUUCCGAGUAGCCAAUAUAGUUCUCGGAACUUUAAGUUGAUUUGUUUUCGUUUCUUGGCUAGGUGUUCCCUCUAAUUGAGUUUAGAGUCUAAGUGUAAUCCCAGGUAUUUGACCCAAGAAGUUACGGGUAUCAUUAUGUUGUUAAUAGUAACUAGAGGACAUGGGCUUUUUCUUCGAGUAAAUGUUAUGUACUAGAAUUUGUUUUCGUUAAUUUUUAUUCUCCAUCUUUGAAGCCAUUCUUCGAUCUGAAAUAAGUGGUUUUGGAGAUUGGCAGAAGCUAUUAUUGGAUCCUCAUGUAUAGCCAGUAUCACUGUGUCAUGAGCAAAUGUGCCUGCCAUAGUGUAGUUUGAGGUUGGAAUGUCAGAAGUAUAUAUCAGGACCUGAACUGGCCCUAGGACGCUACCUUGUGGAACUCAAGCUUUAAUAGAUUGAAAUUCAGAGGUCUCAUCACUAAUUUUUGUUCUGAAGGUUCUGUUUGACAGAAAUGACUGAUUGAUUUUAUUUAACAGAUCCACAUGCCAGACUUAAUCCAAAAGCCUGGCUAACAUCCGGGAAGGCUGCCGUUUUUCCCUCUAUACUUGUAUUUAUGGCAUUCACUACUCGAUGUUGAACUGUGGAAUGUUUGUGGUGAAAUCUGAAUAAGUGAUUUGGAAUCACAUUCAGGAUAGGGUCUUUACACUGUAAUACCAACUUUUCGAAGACCUUAGAUAAUGUUGAUAGCAAGCUGAUUGGUCUGUAUGAUGUGACGUCAUGUAGCUGCUUUCCUGGUGUUGGAAUGAGGAUAAUUUCAGAUUUUUUUAGUUCACUGGGCCAGUAGUGUAAUCUGAAUAUGGCAUUAAAUAUAUAUGUUAACAUUACUAAAGCUUUACUAUUCCUUCCUAUUUGAAACAUUUGAUUUUUAUCCAAUUAACCUUGUUUCCUUCUAUAUCAGUUUUUUUUAUUUUUUAUAACCUUAGAUCGGAGUUUUCCUAAAUCUAAGAAAUCUGUUUACUUCAGCUCAAAGCAUUUUUAGAGUGUCGUAUUUUUUCCUGUUCUGGCUCCUUCAAAUAUUCGUUUAUAAUCAUUCAUCAUAAAUAUCUCUUGAUUUUUCAUUUUUCUUUCUAUCGUGGAAUGCACGAAAUCACAUUCCAUGCAAGAAUGGCCGGAUUCCAAAAAUUUAUGUUCAAUCACCUCUAAAUGGCUUGAUUUCUCAACGGUAUAAAGAAGAGCAGCGACGACUUGCUGGUUGCGAUUUUGGCCUGUGCAGGUGUCAGAAAAUAAGGAGAUUUCUUUUAUCCCAAGGGGUAGCAUGGAUAUAAAUUUCAUUAUAAUAGAUCCAAUUUCAUUAGAGCCUCUUUUCCCAUUUAUUUUAUUCCAAAAGAAACAACUUCCUUCUUUGUUUUUGCUUUCAAGAAAGUCAAGUUAUACACCGAAAUUUUUCGGCUAUAAUAAAAUUGGGAAACCGCAGAUGUUGGGAGCUGCAUUACUUUUUGCAGAUCAAAUGUAAAGGUUUGAAAGCUGCUAUCCAAUUCUGCACGCUCUUUGUCGUUACUUUUGGAUUCUUGGCAAACUGUUUUUCUUUCUAUGUGAGCAUUGUAGGAUUCCUCCAGAUCUUCCUAAACCUAAACGGGUUUCUUUUUUAGCAAGUUUGUAUUUGCUGCAUAACAUGCAUUGAUCUUUUUUGGGCACAAAAAAGGAAUAAUUAAAUUCUGAACAAAAAAUUUUUCUAUACUGAUGGAUGCUAACAGUAUUUAUAUUUUUUAUUUCACACCAUUCUUUGUCAAGUCUAUACAUUGAGGAAAUAUUUAAAUCGCUAGAUAAAUACUUUUUCUCACUAUUUUUUCUGGUGUAGUGAGAUUCCAUAGUAGGAAAAGAAUUUAUGUGUUCUUUGACAUAAUCUAUUUCAAUAGGCUGGGUUUUGUUACGUGGAGGCUUUCUUCCCCUUUUUGUCUAUCCCGCCAAAUGUCCCUGAUGGUGUGAUAUAGGAAAGUGCUUUAUUAAUGGGACCAUUGGAAAUACAAAGAGUUGCUUGAAAAAAUGAGCUGCAAACCCUGAGCUAUUUUUGAGAAAAUAUUGCCUUGAUUCACUUCGAGGCUUAGAAGCUUUUACAAAUCUUCUAGCUGGUGGGACUAUUUUAACAGAUUUAACUAUGAAAUCUUUUUGUAUAUUAUAAUCAAACGCCCAAAAUAUUCGACAACUUUCAAUUCGGUCUUGUUUGGAAAAAUGAUCACUGCAUUUAAAUCGACAUUUGCAAUUGAUGUUUUUCGGUACCUUGGCUGGGCGUUCACCACACCUUGUGACAUAAGGAAGACCUUCAGCUCUCAUUUUCUUCGCUAUAUUGCACUUCCAGGUUUCAGGAUUGGCUUUAUUCCAUCGGCUUCUUUUUUUCUUUUGGCUACUGCUUUCUAAUAUUGGAGUUUUCGUUUUAAGUCAUAUAAAAACAAUUAGUUAUUAUUGUUUGUGAAGCAAAUCAUAACGGAUUCUUUAUAAAAGAAAAACAUACUUCAUUAUUUUCUCGAUCAGUAAACUCAUCUGAAUAAACAUCAAGAGUUGAAUUUGAAGGAGAAGGUACAUACUCUGACCCAGAAUCUAAAAGCAGGUUAUCUAUUUCGUCUUCAUUAAGGGCAAUGUUUUCCUAAAUUUAAAAAAUAACAAUUAAUGUUUUAAUAAUACAAAUCACUUUAUUAAUUUAAAGAAUAAUAAGUAAUGCACAUCUAGAGAAAAAGCUUACCGUGACUGCAGUGUUUUCAAUCAUAAACUCCUGGUUUCUAUUGUUGUUUCCAUUCUCAUCUAAUGAUUCCUUUUCCUUAUUAUCAAAGCAACUAGCUUUUUAUCGCGACUGAGCAUUUUUAAGUGAUUACAAUGCACUUUUAACGAACAAAAUAAACACAACAAUGUUUUUAUUGGGAUAACCCAUAACUCACUUGUAGUUUACAGGUUGAAUUGGAUAAAGAGAGAUAUGUGGUACCAAAGAAAACCGCUAUGGGGAAAUUCACCAAGUGCCAUAACCUACAGAAACCAUGUAAUGGUAAAACUCAUCAAGUGACUAUGAUGAACUUUAACUUUUAUAAAACUUCUCAAAGAGUUAAAUAGUGAAUUUUCUCAUUCUCUGAUUUGCAUUUAUAGCAGUUAUAUUCACUUAGUGACUUUUCAUAAUUAUGGGAAAUGAUUACAUCAACACACAAUAUAAUAAAUAUAUAUAAAUGUAUAACAAUAAUAAAAUUCACCUACAAUAAUUGAGUUUUUUAAUUUUUAAGUAAUCAUUUAAUCAAAUUGAACGAUUUUUGUCUAUGGUUUCAUAAAAAUCGAUAGUUAAAAUAGGUAAUAGGAGUCGGGGGGGGGGAGUGUUGUUUAAACUUUAUACCAAUUUUUUUACACUGUCUUAUUCUGUCCCUCUUUUAUUUCUUUCAACUAUUAAUUUAAAUAUUACAAUCACUAAAAAAUUAUUACAAUUAUUUGAUUCUUCAAACCUGAAGGGAUGGUUUCCGCGCCCUAUAUAUAUUCUUGUCCAGUGUAAUUUUUUUCUAUAACAUACUAAAAUUUUAACGAAAUCGGAAGGGUGAAACCAUCCAAAUAGUAAUCAAUUAUACUAACGUUAAAGCAUUCCCAAAAUAUGAUCACCAUAAUCAAACAUAUUUGGCAGAUAUUUGAAACAAUUCUCAAUUCAAUCCUUCAAAGGGUUAUAUCGUUCUUAUAGGGUUUUUAGAAAAAUGAUACAUAGAGAAGGAGAAGUACUAUUAGCUUUGGAAAUUAAUGUUCAUAAUUCUGGAACCAUUUUAUUUGUAAAAUAAUAGGCUAUUAAAUUCUAUUCAAUUAUUUAUUUCUUUUGAAAAAGUUACUAAAUUUAUUUCUUUUGGAAUUGAGUAUGUAGUUUUAAAUAUGUAAUUUGUAAAUGAUGUGUGUAAUUGAGAUAAAAAUAGUUGAGGUGGUCAAAUUAGGUGUACUGAUUUACUUUUAAUUAAAUAAUUUUUAGAUUGUAAGAUGAAUGUGAGUGUUUUAAUAAUAGAAACGCUAGUAUUGUUUUGUAUAUUAAGCAAAGGUAUUUAUUUCAACGUUUUGUCAUAAUGCAUUUACCAGUUUCAGUCCAUUUGUAAUAUACUCCUUUUUUUAUAUAUAUAUAAACAAAAUUGAAAAGUCAUUGAUUUAUUCGUUUUUAUUUUAUUAAAUACUGAUGUUCAAAAACUCCCAACUGCCGAAUUUUCGAAUGUUUUAUUUGGCAAUUUAAAAAUGUAAGAUUUUUUUAAUAAAUGCAGUGACAUUCGAAAAUCA